UUCCAAAAAAGUGAUUAAAAACAGAAUAUUGAGAAGGACAAAGUUGUCAAUUCAAUGGAAAAAUAUUCUCUCUCUUCCUCACUUUUCCCACCACCUCUCUUGUCCAUUCUUCAAGGCCACUUGCUUCUAUCUUCAGGUGGCGGAUGCCAUUUUCGGCCCAAAAUCAAGAAUAUCAAAAGUAAUUUCUAUUUUUUGAAAAAUAAAGGGGAAAAACAGAGAGCCUUCAAUACAAAAACAACAUACUUUUAGGUCAAAUGGUAUCAUUGAUUUGGUAUUCAAAGCCCUAAUAAUCACAAAUUAUUCUUUGUUUUUCCAGAGUUCAGCUCAACUGGGACAUGGUGCAUCCUGCAUAUGAGUUCUGCAUUUGGGUGAGCGUGAUCGUUGUAUUUUGUGCCACUGUUUGUGUGGCUGAAAGUGAGAAAUGUCCCCGGGAACCUUUGAGUAAUGAUGCCUGUGGCUCUUAUUCAAGGUAUCUCAGUUUGGAUUAUGGCUCAGGAGAGCAAAAGAUGGUGCCUUUUAACGACGAUGAUGGUUGUAGGUCUGAAUUGCUUCACUUUUUUUCGGUUUAUAGUGGUGUUUGGUCAGAAGCACAGUGUUUGAAGCCGGGAGACUUGGAUAUAAACAGGAUUGAUUCAGGAGCUGCGCUGCGUAGACAAUCAAUAAGGUCAGAUGGUAAUGUUAGUAGAUCAUCAGAUGGUGUUGUAUUUCGCUUAUCUGAUGGGGGCAGUGUUACCUGUUCUUUAAAUUUCUUAGAGUUUGGCCAUGAUAAGUUAACUCCUAUUGCGAAUGGUGUUGGCCAAACUGUUCUUUCUUCCUGUAGUGCGCAUUUACUUAGCCAAAAAGAAACAAGUUUUAGCCUAUGGAGCAUAGAUGUAGAUAAGUAUACAUCCUCAGAUUCUUCUUCUCCUUGUGUCAGUAUUGGCCCUAGUUUACUGAAUUGGGGACAGAACUAUUUAUAUCAUUUGUCUGUAGCUUCCCUGACCUUAAAGAAUACCUGCAAUGAACGUGUUCUAAAGGUUUACAAACCUUUUACUACUGAUUCACAGUUCUUUCCGUUCAAUUUUAGCGAGGUAGUAUUAGGACCUGGUGAAGUUACUUCCAUAUCUUUCGCUUACUUACCGAAUGAGUUGGGUUUGUCUUCAGCUGAAGUGAUUUUGCCGACAAGUUUGGGUGGUUUCUUGGUAGUGGCUAAGGGUUCUGCUGUUGAAUCUCCUUAUAAACUGAGGCCCUUGGUUGGCUUGGACGCUUCUUCUGGUGAGUGGUUGAGUGGGAAAUUGUCCAUAUCUAAUCCUUUCGAUGAAACCAUUGACCUUGAGGAAGUAACUUUAUUGCUUUCAGUAUUUGAAAGUAGUUGUUCUCUUUUAGUAGAGUCAAUCUGCAGGAAACAGAAUCCUAAAGCAAAAACCAAGUAUAGCUUUUCCAGUGACAAGUUGUUAAAUGGUGAUACUGAACAAUCAGACUCUAUGAUUAUGACUGUUAGGCCUCUUGCAAACUGGUUAAUUAGUCCUCAUAAAUCUCAAAGUGUAUUAGAAAUGGCUUUUUCACCUGAUUCAGAACAAAAGGUUGUAGGUGCAAUUUGUAUGGAAUUGUUUAGACCCUUAAAGGAUGAGAAGGAUAUGCUCGUAAUUCCAUUUGAAUCAGAACUGAAGAAGACAGAACCCUGGAAAGAUAGAGCUUCUUUACUUUCGGUAUCUAUGGAGGCUGUUGGUCCUUGUGAUACAAGUGAAACCACUAUUUCUAUAUCAGUAAAAAACAGAGCUUUAACUUUGCUGAAGAUUGUUAAAAUUAAUGAAGCUGUUGACAGCAGACAAAUCCUUCAGAUAAAGUACUUGGAGGGACUCCUACUUUUUCCUGGCACUGUCUCACAGAUAGCAUUAGUGACUUAUGAAUCCUCAAAUUUUGAGUAUAAUUCCUUUCUUGAGAUUCCAGGUGUAAGCACAAGCUGUAAGCUAGAAAUACUGGUGAAUGACUCAACUAGCCCUCUCCUAGAGGUUCCUUGCCUGAAUAUUUUUGCAAUAUGUCCCAGACAACAACGGAAAUCAUCUUCUCAUAUUUUUGACAUUGCUGAUCUUAGCAAUAGAAAAGUACCUCUGACCUACUCUGAAAAGACUCCAGUAUUAACAAAGGCAUUGGAUGGUGCAGUGAAAGAUGAUUUUUUUCAUGAAGAGUGGAGAACUCAGAGCUCAAUAAGUGGGCUUUAUCUGCUUGACAACCACGAGCUCCUUUUCCCGCUGCUCCCAAUUGGGAAAUACUAUGCCAAGUCAAUUACAGUCAGAAAUCCUAGCCGGCAACCCGUCAUAGUGCAGCUUAUACUAAACUCGAUAGAAAUUGUUGAUAAUUGCAAAACCUGUUAUGGUCAUCAACAGACACCUUCUGCAAGUAGCUCUACCUGUAAUGAUUCCACCAGGAUGAGUAUGUGUGGGUUUUCAGUAGCAGACAGUACAGUUACAGAGGCCUUUCUUCAUCCAAACGGCACAGCAUCAUUGGGUCCUAUCUUAUUUCAUCCUUCAGAUAGAUGUGAAUGGAAGAGCUCGGCUUUCAUAAGGAAUAAUCUUUCUGGUUUGGAGAUGUUAUCUCUGCGUGGAUCUGGUGGAUCACUUUCUUUAGUCUUGCUUGAGGGUUCAGAACUCGUGCAGAGAUUGGAUUUUACUAUGAACUAUCCUCUGAAUUUAUCCAACAAUGAGGAUGCUAUUUCUGGCUGUCGUAAGCCAUUAUUAAAGAAGGUCUCCGCUUUUAAUGCAGGUGAUUACCCUGUCAAUGUCAAGAGAAUAGAUGUCUCAGGAAGAGAAUGUGGAUUGGAUGGUUUUGUUGUACAUAAUUGCCAGGGUUUUUCUCUGAAGCCUGGAGAAUCUUUGGAGCUUGGGCUAUCAUACUUGUCAGAUCUUUCUGGGCCUGUAGUACAAAGGGAGCUCGAAUUGAUUUUGGAUGCUGGAAUACUUGUAAUACCAAUGCAAGCAAGUAUACCUCCAAAUUCACUUAAUGUAUGUGUAGAUUCCUUCUUUUGGUCUCCUGUAAAAUGUUGCUUGGCAAUCGGUUUUGUCAUAAUCUUUCUCUCUCUCUUUCGUUUCAAAGUGCCCUCUGAAAGUAUGGAUUCCUCAAUUGAAGGAGAGAAGAGAUCCAUUCCUGUUGUAAGGCUUACAGAUAAGUCAUCAUCAACUGUGUCUAUCAGUCAGGAGAAUCGAAAGGGUACUAAACCAGCUAAAACAGGUCACGUGAAACAAGUAAUCAUUGCAGAACAUACAGAUCGAUUUGUGGCUUGUCGAGCUGAGAAUAACCCUUCAUCAGAACAUACUAAUCGACCUGUCAAGAAUGCUUGCAAACCUGAGGUAGCACAACCUGAUUCUCUGACAAUCAAAACUCGUAAGGAAAAGAGAAGGCGUUCUAGGAAGAGGCAUGCACUUAUUGAAGUUUCCAGCAGCCAAAGUGGGAACUCUACACCAUCAUCACCUCUGUCUCCCAUCACAACUCUUUCUCCUCCAGAAACAUGCUCCCCAUCUCCGAAGAAAUUGCAACCUAAUGAUUGUUUCAGCUGUGAACCGCUAGCAUCAGCAAGAGUUCCUGAAAUGCAGAGUCAGAAUCUUAAUUCUACCCAAGAGAAACCCCCUGGUGGAUCCAAGAAGAUGGAAAGCCGAGCUAUACUUUUGCCUUAUGCUUCAUGUCCUAGGACGCAUAUUUCUCCUUCCAGGUUGGCAAUGGAACCGCAUGCUCGAGCUCCUGGACCAAAGAUUCAUCCCCAAAAGCAGUGCAACCGGAGGAAAAUGUGAGGGCAGAGGAGGAUAGGUUUACUUAUGAUAUAUGGGGUAACCAUUUUUCUGGACUUCAUCUUUGUAGGCCUAAUAGUUCAUUAACCAUGACCUCUGAAGCUGUAGGUCAUUCUAAUAGCUUCUUUCUUCGGGGUCCUCAACAAACUCUCAUUGCAAACUCUCGACCUCCAUCUGUAAGUAGUUUCUGUGAUGAAGGUUAAUAAUAUAUCAGAAAAAUAAUCAUCAUCUUUUUUGGUAGUAGUACUGUACACGAAAUUUAUGUCAUAAUGAUAGAAAUACUAGGGAAAAACAACAUGUCAUAUGGUAAAUGAUAAUUAUGCAUCCUCCGUUCCUUUAA